AUGUUCCUUCCAUUCACCAAAUCUACCACAUCGCGAUUCAAGAUUGAACUUCACUUUACCUACACCGUCCCCCAAGUGCGAGUCAUCAUGCCCACUUCUAAAGGAACCUUCAGAUGGACGGCUCCAAAUCAAGCAGAUGCAAUAUUCAAUAUUGACGGUAAAACUUCCACAUGCACUAUGGAACUCAAUGGAGUGCUUCCAAAUUCCGGAACGACAUCAGCAACAUUGAAUUACGAUAAUAUAGACCACCUCUCCGGCACACAAUUCUUCCAUGGCCAUAUUGGUAAAGGAGACUUUGAAACCGAUUUUGAAGCCGAUCGUGAAAACAAUCCCAAGAUCCAAGGCGACCUGGACAAGCCUAUCGACCAAUACAUAUGCGUUACUGGGAAUGGUAAUUGGACACAGUACUAUUAA